AUGUCGUGGAACGAAUGGCCUAGUAGUAUUGUCGAGCCAUGGCUUCGUUCCGCGUACCGGGCAUGGGCUAGUGCUUGGUACGAUGUAGGUACGGCUACUGCUGGCUUGGCCAUGGCUGGUACUGUAGCUCUUAUGGCCAUUACAUGCGCUCAGGUCUUGCAGGCCUGCGAUAUCGUCACCUUUGUGGAUGAAGCCUAUGAUUCCCGGAUGGACCAUACCUUGGAGUGA